AUGUCCACAGCGUCGCACGGACACCAGACAAUCGAAUCCGAUGCCAACGGCGGUGUCAACAACGAAACUGACGGCGAAGCCACGAUUGGCAGAGGUCAUGAUGAGGAUGGCGAUGGCUACGACGAUGACGAGGAUCACACGGGUACCGAAUCCUUAGCCGGCUAUAGACCAGGACCUUACUACCAUGGUCUCUGCAUGAAAAAGUUCAAGAGUCCAUCCGCGGUUCGACACCAUCACUACGGCACGGGAAACCUAAGUGGCGGAUGCUGGGUGAAGUACGGGCGUCUUCCUCGGCGUUUCUGGAACGACCAUGAGAGCUGUUGGAAAGAUGGAAAGAGAGAAUAUUCCAAUAACUCUGACCCCAACGCUCGCUAUGAAUUCGAAGAUUUCCCGAACCUGCCGAAGUUCACUAUGGCCGACUUCAACGUGCUCGACCAAAUCAAAAAGUUUGGGGAGGAGGAAGACGCAUUACUGGAUCCGGCAACGAAGUCUCUCGAUUGGUUCAACUACAAGUACGCGCGGAAUGGAGGCCCUCUGAACAAUUUCUUCGAGCUUGUCACCGAUACGUUCAUGACGCAACUGGCACAAGACAAUGACGAUACCCAAAAACUAUCCCAAGAGCUAUCCCAGAUGCUUCGAGCCCGGAUUACGGAUCCUUUAGUUCUAGCUCGGAUGGCUGCUGCGACAGGUCUGGAAGAAACUGUGGUAGUGGUAAUGCAAACCUGGGAGGGUCUGAUUAGGAGUCUCAGGGACAAGGGCGACAUUCCCGCCGUGCUCAUGGAGAUGACACGACUGAGCAUGUUCGUGGGUAGGUUCAGAGGGAUGGAGGGUAAAAUCAAAGCGGAUGCACUGAUCAAUGAGCACUGGCAAUCCCUCACCAACCUCGACGGCACCAAAGAAAGUGAAGCGGAAGACGAGGAUGGUACAGCGACGGUGGCACAGCCAAGAUCAACAACAGAAGCUGAGCCUUCUAGACCACCCAAACGCCGCCCAGGAGCGGCUCAAGCUGCCGUACCUCCCCCCAAAAAGCGAACCCAACCGACUAGAACCUCAGCGGCCAAGACGCUGCCCGCCCGCAACGAACCCGUCACACGCUCUCAAAAGGCCAACGGAACGUACGGAGCCAGGAAUUGA